UUCCCCCGACAUUGUGUGUGGAUUUUGUCUUUUCCGAUCCUUUUUUUCACCAAUAAUAUGGAUGUGGUCGUUGUUGGGAGUUGCAAUAUUGAUUUGAUAAGCUAUGUCCCAAGACUCCCCAAGGCUGGUGAGACACUUCACGGACACAAGUUUGCCAUUGGGUUUGGAGGCAAGGGAGCUAACCAGUGUGUGGUGGCAUCAAGAUUGGGCACGACUACUGCUAUGGUUGCCAAGCUGGGUGAUGACACCUUCGGACAUGAUUAUAUCCAAAAUUUCAAAGACAACAGUGUUAACAUAGACCAUGUCAGUGUGACCAAAGAAGCGUCGUCAGGAGUGGCACCUAUUGCAGUCAAUGAUGAUGGACAAAAUGCAAUAGUCAUUGUAAGUGGUGCUAAUUUGAAAUUGUCAGAGGAAGACCUGAACAAGGCUGAGAAUAUUAUCAAGUCGUCUAAAGUGAUGGUUUGUCAGCUGGAGGUGCGGCCAGAAAUCACACUAGCCGCGCUUAGAAUGGCAAAGAAACAUGGAGUGACUUCCAUUCUAAAUCCUGCCCCUAGCCAACCUAGUCUUGAUCCAGAAAUGUUCCAAACCUGUGAUAUAUUUUGUCCAAAUGAAACAGAGACUGAAAUCCUGACUGGCCUCCCUGUCUCAUCAGUGGAUGAUGCCAAGACGGCUACUAAAGCCUUACUUGAUAGAGGCUGUAAGAUGGUUAUAAUCACCCUAGGGAGCCAGGGAUGUGUGCUUGCAUCAAAGGACAAGCCUGAAGCAGUUCAUAUCCUGGCUAGGUCUGUCACACCAGUGGACACAACUGGGGCAGGAGAUGCAUUUGUUGGUGCACUAGCCAGCUACCUUGCCAAGUAUCCCGACCUUGGUAUGGAGGAGACAAUAAGACGUUCAUGUGAAAUAGCUACGAUCAGCGUCCAGGCUCCGGGCACUCAGACCAGUUAUCCAUGGAAGAAAGACUUGCCAAGUGAACUGUUUUAGCAUGCAGUUUGCUGUGAGUAAUGGUAUGGUUGGAUUAAAUUUCGAGAUUAAAGUGUUGGAUUAAAUUUCGAGAUGGAUUAAAUUCGUCUGCUCAGGACGUAGAAGUGUCCUCUGAGAUGUGCUAGAGAUUGGUGCUGCUGUGAUAUGAGUUAGGAUGAUUUUAUAUGAAUAUGUCAAGAAAUAAUUAACUCUGGAGUUCAUGAAGUGAUAAAGGGGGCAGAAGGGUUAUGGUGAGGGGUCAUCUUAAAUUGCUAGGAAUCCUUUUCAGGAAUUCCAUGCAACGAAGAAUUUGUGAAAGAAUUUGAAAAUGAUGCAUUUAUUGUGAGAACAAAUUGCAAUCAUGUGACGUACAGUAUUAUUAAGCCUAUUACAUUUGCUAAUUUCCAUUCCCACAUUAUAUCUGUAUAGGUGCAUGUUUUGUACAUAAAUA